GUCGCUGCAGCUCCUCCCGCAUGCGCUCGAGACGAAGGGGGCUCGCUCGCGCAGCUCGUCUGCCUUCAACGUCCCGCGCGAAACCAACUCACCAGAGCGCACGCGACGGCGAGCGGCGGAAGCUUAUCCGAGGCGCGAGCUGGCGCGAUCGCACCACGCACCGGGGCGUGAAGUUUAGGAGCGGGAAAAAAAGGAAAGCAAGAAAAUAAAAGCGGAAGUAAUCGUGGAAGAGAGACGGGACGUGUGGAAAAGAAGCGCGAGCGCACGGUGAGAAGGGGGUGUAUAUUUUUUUCCCCUGAAGGGACAUGUGGAGUGCUGGAUUGUGCAAUGUGGAGGUAGCUACCACGCAAACACACGCUCACGCAGUGACAGGGAGGACACACGAGUGAGUUUCCUGCUUGCCGAUUUUCUGGUGCGUUUGGAGCUGAUGUGAGCUGCUGAGAUUGAUCACCUGCUGCCCGUCAACGACGGGUUUCUCCAUCAAGCCCCUGACCCACGCACACACGCACGGACACACGUGCCUUGUUUCUUGACACCAUGACAGACAUGAACUUCACCUCGAAUCCGUAUGUGACUGAGAGCCAAGCGCUGAGAACCAAUUACACAGGCGGCUGCUCGCUGACCAAAACCGCCUUUCAGUUCUACUACCUGCCCACGGUCUACAUCAUCGUCUUCAUCACCGGCUUCAUCGGGAACAGCCUGGCCAUAUGGAUGUUUGUGUGUCACAUGCGUCCGUGGAGCAGCAUUUCGGUUUACAUGUUCAACCUCGCUCUGGCUGACUUCUGCUACGUGCUCUCGCUUCCCUUCCUCAUAUUCUACUACUUCAACAAAACCGACUGGAUCUUCGGCGACGUCCUGUGCCGCCUGCAGCGCUUCAUCUUCCAUGUCAACCUCUACGGGAGCAUCCUGUUCCUGACGUGCAUCAGCGUGCACCGCUACUCCGGCGUCGUCCAUCCUCUCAAAUCGCUCGGGAGGCUCAAGAAGAAGAACGCCGUGCGCACCAGUGCCUUGGUGUGGUUUGUGGUGGUAGCUGGGAUCUCGCCGAUCCUUUACUACUCGCGUACUGGACCUAAACGGAAUGUCACCACGUGCUAUGAUACGACCACCGAGGACGAGCUUCCGGGGUACUUCGUCUACAGCAUGUGCAUGACGGUGUUUGGAUUCUGCGUGCCCUUCGUGGUCAUCCUCGGCUGCUACGGCUUCAUCGUCAAAGCGCUCAUUUACAACGACAUGGACAACGUGCCGCUCAGGAAGAAGUCCAUCCACCUGGUAAUCAUCGUACUCGCCGUCUUCGCCGUGUCCUACCUGCCCUUCCACGUCAUGAAGAACCUCAACAUGAGGGCCAGGCUUUACUUCCAGAGCCCUGAGAUGUGCGAGUUUAACAACAGGGUCUACGCUACGUACCAGGUCACCCGGGGACUGGCCAGCCUCAACAGCUGUGUGGAUCCCAUUCUCUACUUUUUAGCCGGGGACACGUUUCGACGUCGGCUCUCCAGAGCCACUAAAAAAAAUUCCAGGAAGGGUGAUGUCAUGCUGCAAUCCAAGAGCGACGAAACGGCUCUGAACAGCCUGCCGGAGUACGGCGAGAACGGGAGCAGGCCGUUAUGAGGAUCCGGGAAUAAAUUCCUGAACUUUCUCAUGAUGCACUGACAUGGACUGAUUUUUUUUUUAAAAGAAUGCACUGAUCAUAUCAUGCCACAAUAAAACCAUGAUAUGACCUUUAAUCUGAGACUCUAUAUGUGUGAACACUGUUAAAUCUCAAGCCCUGAGCCAGUGACUGGACAUUGGAUCCACGUGGAAUAACCGGAGUAGCGUAUGUGAUGUGAUGUGUACUGUAUAUAAUUGUCAGUGAUUACUCUCCAUGUGAAUAUGCCUUCGUUGUACUGUAUUGUAUUUGUCAGUAUUAUAUGCAGGAGACAGCCACAGCUUCACUUUGGAGUGAUGAAAAAAACAGUGGACUAACCAUUCAAUUAAUGCGAAAUAACAAAUCCACAGGUCAGACUAGAAUAGAGAGCAAUGCUCUGUAAUAUCUGAGUGUAACACCAUUAAAAAGAAGUAACACGAUCCGAGACUGUCCGUAUCUCCUCUGAAGCCUGAAUAAGCUCGGAGAAGACGUACGGUCAGUGCUGAGCUCAUUUAAAAAAGCUACAUGCUGCAUUUUUCCUGCUGUCUCUCGGUCCCCGGUGGACGCUCCGUUGUGUCUCAGUGAUAAAUAAGCCUGCGUUGGAGUUUUUAAUCCUUGCUUUUUAACUCAGAGGGAGAGCUCACGCUUUAGCGGGGUUCUGUUUUCUGUAAACGAAAAGGCAUCAUGCGUCAUAUUCGAAGCAGAAGUGUCAGGACCGUACUCGAGAUGCAGAACGCAGUAGAUCGAUGUGAAAUCACCGCAACAAGACUCAAAGCUAGCGUUGGUGUUUUGUUGUUUUUUGUUUCUUUUUUAAAAAAAUUCUGGCCAGGUUCCAACAAGCAUUAUCAUAAAUAUGAUCUGUACACACCUCACAUCUGCAAAAAAACUAUGCGACCGUGUGGUUUCCACAGGAAACUCUGGCAAAAGACGUUCUUCCUGUGAAAGCUUGGAAUUAAGCCGAAGGUUUGCUAAAUCUCGUUUUAUCAGCUUCUUGAUUGGGUCAUAGAUUGAUUGAAGGCUUAGCAAUAGCAAGGCCAUUUAUUUUGCAAAAGGAUCAGGAUCACUUCAUGCACAAAAUACACCAGAAAGCAAGAUAUAUCUUGCUCAACCAAGCAGGUGUGUAAAUAUCCAGAGCUACAAAAGGGCAGAAAUGUAAUGUAAUAAAUAAAAACACAAAAGUUCAACACUGUCGGGUGAAAGGAAGCUCAGAUUUCUGCUCAUUUUUUUCUUCUUCGUUGGAAAACAACACCUUCCUACUCCUUCACUGAAAAUAGCUUAAUGUGUCUCUGUAAUCUGCAUGGCCCUCAUUUGCAUAUUAAGACCUGAUAGGCUGUUAGACUUUAUGAUGUAAUAACAUUCGCCUGUGAUGUUCCAGUGAGGCUUUUUUUUUUAAAGUAAAACCACUGCUGACAGAACGUUUGCAUCAGAAU